UAUCGUGUACGUGCGGGUUUUUUACUUCAAACGACGUGAUUUCCGCUCGACGUUCGGGCAGGACCUAUGUGUAAAUGGUGUGCAAGUGUCGUGUGGUGACGUCCGAGUGUGCACUAUGAUGUAGGUUCGAGGAAAAGUGGCAAAAUCUUGCCCCAGCUUGCAUUAACAUAAUUUAGUCGGUUGGGACGGCCCCCUAAACAGAGUCAGCAGGCACCGCCAUAUUAUUGUUUAUUUUCUAUUAAUAUAGAUGAGAUAUAUACGGGAAAUUUAUGGUCGUCAGGCUAUGGACAUGCUGUCGGGAAGCUCUCCAGCAGACCUCCGUAUUGACGAAUGUUUAAACUACGUUUUUCAAGAUGCGCUGUGCUCCUAUAGCGCCAAUAAGGGGCUGAGGUCGUCGCCCCCACCGCCCUCUGAAGCAAGCUCACUAUUGAUAUCUAAGAUGGCGUUAAGUAUGCAGGCAGUUCUAGCAAGACAGCAUACUGUGUCUUGCGACUGGCCGAGACGUGACAGAGAUGAGCAGAGAAGAUCUGUUAGGAAAGAUUAUCGCCGCAUCUUACAAUUUGUGCGCUCCAAGCUGUAAACCAGCUGCAACAGUAUCAGCUUAACGCUGGUUUCAUGAGGGCUUUCCCGUUUCAGUUGAGUCUUCCGGACUUAUCUACGCUGCCAUCUAAAUUGUCGGCACCGAUCAAUCGAUCUUAUUCCAGAUGUGUGUACAGACAAACCUACCAAAUGAUAUAAGCCAACUAAAACACAGUAUAAGGGUUUUGAGCAAAAACCGGUUCAGCCUCAUAGGGCAGUUUCGCUGCUUUCCUUGAGAAGCGUCAUUGACUGACUCCCGGGGUGGAUAUUCGAUCGUGAAACCGCGCACCAGAUCCGGAUACGCAAGAUUUGUUCCCCUAUUUUUAUUGUUACCAUAUAGUUGUUCACAUACACAUGUUAUUAAUGGAAGUAGUCCCUAGACUGCCUUAGUCGUUUUGACGUAGCAUGUUCCACCAUUAACCGCCGUUGCGAUAUGCAGUGCUAGAAGACUGCCCAGAGAAUAAGGCUUUCUGAAGUGGCCUUAGGCGCGACUAACAAAACGCUACAACCAUUAGUAACAGAAAUAUAGUGUCGUAAAAGUGAAAUCAGCUUUAAGCUAGAGAAACUAAUUUAGGCUACCCAGUCUGCAGCAAUUCGGACCGUAAAAAUUGAGCGUACACACUAUUAUUUUCCGAAAAUAUAUUAUUAUUUUUCAAUGAGGCUUAUUGACGCUUGUGUCGAUAUUGUACAAUAGAUCGAUAGUGUCAAUGAAUUACUGUUUUUUAUAUAUGUUUUUCUGUAACUGGUGCUUAGCCAGUUUCUAUACUCGACGAGUGGUCUUCAAUCUUACGACAGUGAUGAUAUAUAUUAAAUCGUUUAGAUAUUGCCGACACUAUACUUUGCUGCUUCAGUUAAUUUCUACGUAAAGUUUUUAACGAAGACACUUAUUAUUACUCAACACUUAACAUAUACGAAAUCAACUUAUAUAUUUUUUGUGCUGCUGUUGAUACAACGUAAAUGUCAUUUUGCUUUAUGAAAUAAUCUUCAAGUACUGUAGCACGAUACAGUGUAAGCGUAUUCGAAAGAACUUCUUUGUUCUAGCCAAUUCUUCUGCGAUAAAUUAGCACCAAGCACAUUGAUAUUAGAACGCUAAUAAACAGCGUUAUCACUGUCACAUUUAGCAAAAAAUAAUAUCAUACAAAAUAAAAUUAUCUUAUUGGACGUUACAUAUGUGCACGCGUAAUGUGGGCUUUCCUACCAUUCUUUACAUUCCAUUUGUCUUUGUCGAAUCUGUUGAUACUAAUGCACUCUGAUAUAUGUUGUUUGGUUUUCGUUGUUGUGUUUUGCGAAUUUAGGUGCAACGAAAAAGGUGCAAAGGCAUUUAGAAGGCCGUGAUCAGGGGCCUUCUCCUCGCGCUCCCACGGGCCUCUCACGGCCCUAAUAGACUGGGCGGUGUCAAUAGAACAAGAGGCAGCAGCUGCCCUUGCCAGCUCGGCCGUUUGGGAGCCCGGAAUGUCGCAGGACGCCUUUCAGGAUGUCAUCCGGCAGCUUCAACAAUGCGGACCUCAACAGCAGCAGGCACAACAGCAGAUUGGAGCUGGCCCAUUAGGAACAGCGACAAUCAGCUCGGGCAUCGAUGCCCAAGGAGCGGUUACCGCACACGAGUUUGGCCAGCACGACUUCAAGCUUGCGGCAGCGGGAGCGAAUGCCGCCGGCGUAUACCAAAAUCAGACGCAUUUUGAGCAAGGGGCCUACGACGUAAGCCGUGAUGGCUCCACUACAACCGUGGAUGGUAUGGGCCUGCUCGCUGGAGACGCAUUUGGCCAACAACUUCAGGCAGGUGGUAAUCAGUACGCAACAACCCAGUAUGAAGAUCCCAGUCAUAACACGGCCCAGUUGGCGCAGCUACUCGACUGCAACCAGCUUUUACAGACGCACGGAGGUCAUGUGGGCGGACAAACCCAGCAAACGCUCAGCCUGGGUCACUUGGACCAGGCCACACUGCAGGCCACCCUUGGUCAGCUAAGCCAGGGCGGGCAGCAGGUUUCUGGCCACCUGUCUGCAUUAGAUGACCAAAGUCAGCAACACAUGCACCUGAAUGGCCAGCAGACCCAGCAGCUCAGUUCUCAACAGAUCCAACAGCUGAACGGCCAAACACAUCAGCAGAUGCAGCUAAACGGACAGCAACAAAUCGGCCAACAGCAGCAACAGCAAAUGCAUGGAGCUCAACAACAACAACAACAAAUUGGAGUUGGCGUUGGUGUACAACAGCAACAACUGGUUCAGCAACAGCUUGACCCCACUCAGCAGCAGCAGAUGGCCAAUGGACAGCAGGUUGCCGUCGGUGUUGGGGUCAGCUCUCAACAGCAUCAACAGCUGGUCGGUGUCGCCAACAACCAGCAACAACAACAACAACAACAGCAGCAACAACAACAACAACAGCAGCAACUAGGACAGCAUAUGUCAUUAAACACACAGAUUGUCCUUCAGACGAAUCAGGCCGGGCAGGUCGGACAUAGCCAGCUACAACAGGUUGGCCAGGUCGGACAGCUUGGCCAACAGUGCAUCACGGCUGAUGGUCAGUUGGGAACGACUGCACAGCAGCAACAGCAGCAGCCAGGCCAACUGACAGCGGCAACCGCUGACCAACAGCAGCAACAUCAGCUUCAACAUCAACACCAACAACAGCUGCAGCAGCUGCAUCUGCAACAACAACAACAGCAGCAACAGGUGCAGGUACAGCAGCAGCAGCAGCAACAUUUGGGCCAGCAUCUCAGCCAACAGGCUCAACAGGGACAGCUCGUACAACACAUAGACCCUCAACAGCAGCAGCAACAACAGCAGCAUCAGCAACAACAGCUGCAGCUUCAACAAACCGCCGCCCUGCAACAGCAAGUUAACCAUCUACAGCCCCAUCUUCAAGCGGCUGGCCAGCAACUCCAAUUGCAGCAGCUUGUGCAGCAGGCCACAGCGGGGACUCAACAACAACAGCAACAGCAGCAGCAGCAGCAGCAGCAACAACAACAACAAUUACAGGCUGCCAUACAACAGCAACUCGCUAUCAAUCAGGGUAGCACUCAACAGGUUGCCGCGCAGGCGACAGGAGCAACUGCUGGUUUGCAGCUCCAGACGGUUCAGGCGGCAUCGCAACAACAACAACAACAGCAGCAACAGUCGCAGCAACAACAACAGCCGCAGCAACAACAACAGCAGGCACAACAGGCCACACAGCAACAAGGCCAACAGCAAGCGACUUUAUCCCAGCAGCUUCUGCAACAGGCAAACGAUCAGCAGCAGGCCGCUGUUCAACAAUCGACGGCCGCCCAACAACUCGCAGGAAUGCAGUUACAGGCAGCUGCAGCCCACGCGGCAGCUGGGCAGGCGCCCCAGCAAGUAACCAUCACGACAGCACAACCUGGCCAGGCAGCGCAGCCUCAACAACAGGCGACCCCACAGCAGCCGUUCGUCAUUGCAGCCGCCCAGCCACAACUGUUGCAAAAUACUGCUGGCCUUAUGCUCGCACAACCUGGCCAACAAAUCAUCGUGCCUGGAGCGAAUGGCGCGCCCCAGUUCAUUCAACUGCCGGGCAGUACGGCUGGGGGUGUACAGAUGAUCGCUCAGCCUAAUGGUGGGCUGUACGCCAACACUCUGGCACAUUUCCUGCAGGUCCAACAGCAACAACAGCUGAUCGCCGCCCUUCAGCAGCAGGCCAUUGUACAGGCGUUCCUGCAGCAACAGCAACAACAGCAACAGCAGCAGCAGCAGCAGCAUCAGCAGCAGCAACAACAAGCCGUUGCUGGAGCGGUGGACCCGACGGCGGUUGGACAGGUGCAAGCGGCAGCUGCUGCGGCAGCAGCCGCAGCAGCUGCAGGGGCAACUACCACCACAGGUGCCGUUCAGGCUGGCGGACCUCGUGCGACAACAGCUGCUGCUGCUGCGGCCGCCCAGCCAAUCGUAGCUCAAAUUCAGCAGCUGCAACAGCUCAACCAGCUACAGCAGACGCUGCAGCAGGCCCCUCAGCCGCAAACCACGCAACAGUUCUUCGCCACGCCAAAUGGGCAAUUGAUUGCGAUCACAGCGCCAGCACCGCAGCCUGCUCUUCCCCCGGCACAGCCUGCGUGCCAACUCAUACAGCUACCAAAUGGACAAAUUGUCAAUAUUGCGCCAGCGGGACAUCAGCUCGCCCCGCAGCAGACGAUACAGAUUGCUACGCAGGCGGGCAGCCUCGGCGAAGUGCUUAAGGCGCGUCGAGUGACAAUCAUGACCCCGCAAGGAACGCAGAUCGCGUGUGUGCCCCAAGGGGCUAGUGCUGCUCCGCAGGGGACGAUCACAGCAAGUGUUGUAGCUACACCCACAGCCUCUCCAGCGCCUGCGGCUACCCCUACGACGCCCACACAGAAAGGCCCUCUGCCGAUCGCUCCAAAGCCCAAACAACAACAACAACCUCAGCAGCAGCAGCAGCAGCAGCAGCAGCAGCAGCAACAGCAGCAGCAGCAGCAGCAGCAGGCAAAUGUUACCCAAACACCGGCGCAAACCCAACAACAAGGCAUCUCACUGGCAAGCCCCACCUCUCAACAGGCCGGAAAGUCUCUACAACAGACGCAGCAGCAGCAACAGGCACAACAGCUCGUUCAAGUACAGCAAGUGCAAGUGUCAACAGCUCAGCCGACAGCAAUACACCCUCAGCAACAGCAAACAACGACGGUGCAGCUCCAAAUGACCCAACCACCGCAUCAGGUUAGCCAACUUUCGCCGGCAGGCCAAACAGUGUUUCAUAAUUCGCAGCUGGCUACUGUUCCAGCGACAACGGACGCUUCGCCGCAAAAGUUGGCGAACGCCAAAGUUGCCCAAGUCGUACAACAGGUCAAGAUGCAGUCGCAGCAGGUUGAACAGCGUGGAACGACAAUAAGCUCCCAGGAUGCAUCUGCUUCAUUAGCGCAAGUCGUGCCCGUGAGUCAGGUUACGGGCACGGUUAAUGUGUCCGCUGUUCAGAAUGCGACUGGAAGUGCACAGGUGGUUAUAUCCAGGCCCGCUGUACAGGCGACCGGCAACGCAUCCACUGUGCAGCAGGUCACGAUACCGAAGGGCGCACAGCCCGUGCGUAUCGGCCAGAAUGCCACCAUCACUAUGGCUGGAGCAGGUGGUCAGCAUAUCCAAAUUCAGAGUCCGCAUGGCCAACAGCUAAUACCCGUCUCGAUUGGAGGUCAGCUGUUCACGAUCGCCAGUCAAACGCCACUUGGCCAGCCAUCACAGCAGCAACAACAACAGCAACAGCAACAGCAGCAGCAGCAGCAGCAGCAGCCUCAGCAAAUGGCCAACAGCAAUAUUCAGACGCUGCAGAUACAAGCAGUAGGAACUGCAGCCGCCCAACAACAGCAAGUUAAUAGUGCCGACAGUGGGACACAGCAGAUACAACAGCAGCAGCAGCAGCAGCAAACGAACGCCACUCAGCAACAGACGGCCCAGCAGGCUGCUCAACAACAGUUACAGCAGCUUCAACAACAACAACAGCAGUUCCAAACACAACAACCACAGCAGCAGGUUGUUUCACCUCAGCAGCAGCAGCAAAGCUCGCUACAGCCGCAACAAGUAUCUAUCCAACGUCAGCAGCUGCAAAAGGGCCCUCAACAACAGCAGCAGCAAAAUGCUCAACAGGUAACAUCGCUACAGGCGCCCCAGCAGCAGCAGCAGCAGCAGCAGCAACAGCAGCAGCAGCAGCAGCAGCAGACUAUUACUGGCCCUCAGCUGCAGCAGAUUCAACUGAGCGGUGGUCAGAAAGCGAUCAUGGUUCCCAAUAAUCAUCUGCCCCAGCUGCAGGUGAAUGGACUGACAGGAAACAUCGUCGUGAGCGCCUCGCAGCCGACAAGUCAGCAAUUGUCCGGCGGUCAAACUGUCGUCAUGGUGACGUCAAAAAACGUGGCAGCGGGGAUUCACGGCGCUAGCACGCAGCAACAGCAGCAGCAGCAGCAAAAUGGCUGGAAUGGCUUGGUAGUUGGAGCCCAGACUUCAACUAGCACUGCUUCGGUAACGAACAACAAUAACAACAGCAGCGGUACUAGCAACAGCAGUAGCAACAUUAUGAAUAAUGGACCCGCUGGCGUGCACCUGCUCUCGACCAACACAGGCAAGCUGGCCGCGAAAUCCCCGAAAAUUGAGAAGUCAUCGACAGCUACCACACAUACAUUGACAGCAGCAGCAGCAGCAGCUGCUGCCGCUGCUGCUGCUGUUACACCGACGACAACAACAACAACAGCAGCAGCAGCAGCUCUGACGGCGAUCACGGUGUCAGCGACACCCGUAACAUCGGUGCCACUCGCUAAUAGUAAUAAUAAUACUACACAGCAUUCAACAGCCGCGACCACGACGAUACUACCGACCAGUCAACUGACGAACGGCGCCACUAAUAGUAAUAACUUAAACAACAAUAUGAACAUUAACAGUAUGAACAACCACAACAACAAUAACAAAAAUCACGCUACAACGACGGGUCCGCACAACAACGUGCAACAACAGAUGGACCAUUCGCUCAGUGGCGCUGGGAUCGGCUCGAAGCCGGAGCCGAUCGAGUCCAUUACACAGCUAAAGAUGAAACAGCUGCAGGACUCUGUGGUAGUAUCGGCUGGCUCGAAGAUUCUCACGGGCAUACAUAAUAUCUCGAUAGGGCAGUUUGUCAAGUCGGAGAUCAAGGUCGAAGCGAUGGACACGAAAUCGGAUUUGAACGGCGGAAGCGCUGCCAAGCGUAUGGCGUUAUCGUCGGCAGCUGCUGCCGCAGCCGCCGAUGAUUGGCGUCAACAAGUUGGUGACGACAGCCCGGUCCAACAGCUGCAGCAGAUGCAGGUGGCGAGCUCGCAUUGUGGCAUCGUUGUACCACAGACGCCAAACAUUCCGCCCCUGUCACCUUCACCACCUGCGCUACUAACGGCCGAAUCGACCGACGAUAACCGACCUGGCUCAGUUCAAUCGGGUGGAACCGAUGAAUCCAAAGAGACCCAGCAACAAGUAAUCAGUUCAACCGAAGCGAACAUUGUGGAUGGCAUUAACUUGGAGGAGAUUAAGAAUUUCGCGCGGGCUUUCAAAAUGAGACGCCUGUCAUUGGGUUUGACGCAAACACAAGUUGGCGUUCUGCUCUCGGCUACCGAAGGUCCUUCGUAUUCGCAAAGCGCUAUUUGUCGAUUUGAGAAGCUCGAUAUCACGCCAAAGUCGGCACAAAAGAUCAAGCCUGUCCUCGAGCGGUGGAUGAAAGAGAUGGAAGACAAACACAACGCUAGCGGGACAGCUUGUGAAGUCGUUGACCUACCUGAUUCAGCAGUUGAUUCAAACAAAAAACGAAAGCGACGGACGUCGUUCGCACCAGCAGCAAUCAAUACGCUUAACUGUUACUUCAAGGACAACACACAUCCAUCAAGUGCCGAGAUGAACGCCUUAGCCGAACGAUUAGGCUACGAUAAAGAGGUUGUACGGGUAUGGUUCUGUAACAAGCGGCAGACCCUCAAGAACAACUACAAGAAGCAGCAGCACCUGUUGCAGCAACAACUUCAACUGCGAAAUCAGGGAUUACUGCCGGCCGUCGGACCAAUUGACGGCUCAUUGCUUACAGAGGACGCCAACACUCAAGACAGUGACCGUUGUUCAACGGCUCACUCGGCGAUGUCCGGUGGAGCAGCCGAUGAGACCAUCGUGCCCAAUCUCUAACGUGACGCCCCCUCCCCUCAUGAACCGCCCGAGUACGAGGAUGAGCUGCCUGAUGCGUUAACACCGCCAGCGCUCUCCAUUGUGGAUGAGUUCGUGGGCUGGGAGGGUCCGUACAAUCAUCCAUUGUCUUCGAACCAUAGCAACAACUCCGAUAGCAGCUACUAGUCAGAGUCUCGAUAAGGUGUCUCAUUGGCUGGCGCCGAUCACAGCCGCCGUUACCGACAGCAAAUCUAGUACAUGAGUAACGCGCGUCGGCUUUGUUCAUAAUGUGCAGCUAUACACAUUUCACAUGAACAGACACAGACAUACUUUUACCUCAUGCUGGACGCGCAUUCAAAUCAAGCAAGGACUGUUUCGAGCAGCACGCAUGCAGAUGAAAUUUGUCGUAAUGCUAGAACGUGCUACAGACCCCCUAGACUGGUAACAUGACCGUACAAGACCUACCGAUUCAAAUUCAAGGGUCCAGAUCAAGUGAAAAGAGCCUGUGUGACUGGCCUGUCGUUAUCCGCGCGGUUCGCACUGUCGCAGCCACUCACCCAAAAACGAAACGAACCAUUUACCCUUCCUGAAUGGCCUUCAUUUUCUAAGGACGCUACUAGAAAGGCUCUGACGAGAUUUAAAAACUGGCUAAUUAGCUAGUGAUUACAAUAACUGAUCGAUUAGUCCGCAUCGCCACGAGCAUUCAAGAAUUUUUAUGUCGAUGGCUACCCUUCAUUAAUACAUUGACACGCCGAUCCAUUCAUUGCAAGGAUCAAAGGAAGCGGAAAGGAAGGAGUUGGCGGCGGCGGCGGCGGCGGCGGCAGCGGCAGCGGCGGCGGCGGCGGCGGCGGCGAGAGAAAGAGAGAGAGAGAGAAAGCUAGGUGACGAAGGAAUUUUACUUUCGCUGAAGACGAAUUGCUGCGAAAACGACAGAUAUCUUCAGCUUGUCUUCAACACUUCUUUCGAUGCUUGCUGUGAACGCGGCAGCAGCGACAGGAAUGGAUCUCGGUGCAGCUAGUUUCAUUAAUAUUACUACCACAACUACAAUUAUCACUACUACGACCAUUACUCUUCUACUGAUUCAUUACGACAUAGUAUGCUACUAGUAAUUAUAUCAUCAUCAACAUAAGUCAUCUUCUCUAAUCAUAACAUUAUCAUCAUUUUAUAUAAUCUUUUUUCUAUUCUUUCGCUUUCGAUAAACUGGCCGGUUGUGUUGGCUAGCAUUUCUUUUCUAUGUAUAAUAGCGAAACGAUUGUGCUCGUUCAUUUCCCGCCACCUGUAACCCAUUAUUAUAUAGCAUAUCUUUUAAAUGUGAUUAAUAUUAAAGAUAUAUAUACAUAUGUGUGUGUGUGUGUGUGUGUGUGUGUGUGUGUGCGUGCGAACCAGAAUGACUGGAAGAUGUCAUUCGCGCCAACGUAAAACACAACUAGAAGUUACUAUUACUAUUGUAUUUGCUGAAACAUUUACAUCCAUUCGCGUAGUCGAUGAUGUGGGUCUAUAUGACAUAUGACUGUCUAUUUGUGUGGGCUACGUAUGAUUGUGAGGGAUAUCGAUCAACUCUUCUACUCUGCCCUUGACAACGAAUAACAAAUUUUUUCUAUCUUUAAAGGCAACGCGUCGACGAAAUGCAAAAGAACAAAAUAUCAAUCUAACGUAGUCUGUAUGAUAUGUAGAUUCUCGUCGACAAGAAAGGUACAGCAUUAUCCUUCCCGUUCUCUCUCCCUUCAAUUGCCCCCCAUACGUCUCUUCUUAAGAGGUUUUUCGCACACCAGCGUCAGACACACCCCGAGUGCGUGCGAUAUUGUACGAUAGGGCCAUAGAGACGUCCGCGGGUGUUCGCUUUAUUCAGUUCUCUUCAAAGACUUAGCACCUCUAACUAAGGAAGUUUACUCAGUUUAGAUAGAUAGAUAGAUAGCUUGUAUAAAGAUGAUUCAUUGGCCCUAUAAACAUCCAUCGUAGUAAAGGAAAACCUGCAAACAACAGUGUGUAAUGGAGAGGCUGGAAAAACGCAAGACACAAAGAAAGAUCAGAUACUGUACACCGCUUUUGUAUUACAUUUAAGCAACAGCGAUUGACCCGAAUGUUAAGCGACAAACGCUGACAGAAGACACUCUGUCAGUCUAUCCAGACGACGUUAAUCCAUUUGGAUGGACGGGAGCAGAAAUACAUAUUGUGUACGUAACAGACACGGAAAAGAGAAAUCGGACAACAGGCGAAAAGACAAUACAUUUAGCAUUACAAAAAUGCAUAUUAUCGAAUGGAAAUACAUAAUUGUACGAAAAACACUCAAGCAGACGAGCAGGUGCAUGGUUUAUAUGUAAUACGCAUGUUUGAUUUUGGGCUAGUUAGUAAAUGUAAGUAUGUAAUAACGCUACGGUGAAGCCUUUCUCAGGAUGUGUUCGGUCUUAACCGGAAAAACAGACCUUAAUCGAAAAUACGAAUGAUCAACGUGAUAUGGAUGAUGGUAACUUAUGGGUAACAUGGGCGGACAAUUUUCGGCAGAUCAAUAAGACAACGGUUGUUCGCCUGCCCGGUGAAUAGGUCCUCUUUUUAUCAUUCAAAAUAGGCAGAAUCGUUGUCGAAGGAUAACAGGGACUAUUGAAACGGCUUCAAAGCCACCUUGGGUUAUUUUUGGGGAGAAACAGGCAAGGAAGAUGACCACAAAUACCUAACAUGGAAAAACAUAGAUACGAACAUUAACAACAGGUCUGCGAUAUGUAGAUAAACUGUAAACUGUAUGUACUCAAUGAAGGAUAAUGUGAAGUAUCGGUCAACGGUGCUGAUAUCGGUAUACGCUUGUAAAUAUUUAGGCAUCUCUGUUCUUUUGUGAUCAUUAUUAUGUACAAAAAGUUUCGGUUUAAUAAUAAUAAUAAACGAAAAGACGAUAUCUUUUUAUUUAUAA